AAAACCACUGGAAGGAAAUGUUUUGUUUCAAAUUCUAGUGACAUUUUAGAAACUUGCUAGUGUGGGUUGACAACAGGCCAGAAGCAGAAUGAACAUUAGUAACACUCUGAACCUAAGUGGAUUGUUGUAUGAAGAAUCCAAUGAUGAGGACAAAAGGAAGAUUUUAUAUGAGUUUGUGACGAAUGGUGUGCUACUGAACGUUAUUGGUAUUCUGGGUAUAUUUGGUAAUAUCAUUUCUAUGAUCAUUCUUUCGCGUCCUCAGAUGAAAUCUUCUAUUAACUAUCUUUUGAUUGGUUUAGCAAGAUGUGACACUGUGCUCAUUAUAACAUCUGUCCUGCUGUUUGGUAUUCCAGCCAUCUUCAAGUAUACAGGAUACUUGUUCAUAUAUUAUUUCAAGGUUUACCCACAUCUGGUACGUGUCAUUUAUCCACUUGCCCUCAUUGCACAAACUGUGUCAGUGUACUUGACACUGACUGUGACCCUGGAACGCUUCGUUGCUGUGUGUCACCCUCUGCAAGCAAGGUCUAUGUGCACAUAUGGGCGAGCACGUCUGUAUGUCAUUCUCAUCAUUGUGUUCUCAACCCUGUACAAUCUGCCACGUUUCUGGGAAGUGCAACUUGUGGAACUGACUUAUGAUUCCAAAUACAACACAACUUUGUAUGAAGUCAGUAUGACCCAGCUCCGAGACAACCCUGUCUACAUCUCCAUUUACAUCCACUGGCUUUACCUCAUUUUUAUUUACUUCCUCCCAUUUACCAGUCUAGCAGUCCUCAAUGCUGCCAUUUACCAACAGGUACGUCGUGCAAACCAAGAACGUCAGCGUCUGUCACGACAGCAAAAGAAAGAGAUUGGAUUGGCUACCAUGCUAUUAUGUGUGGUGGUUGUCUUCUUCCUGUGCAACAUCCUGGCAUUAGUUAACAAUGUACUUGAAGCAUUUUAUGGCAGCCCACUGGAUCAAGUAGUUCGAACCAGUGACAUGCUGAUCACUAUAAACUCCUCUGUGAAUUUCAUUAUAUAUGUUAUAUUUGGGGAGAAGUUCAAACGACUGUUUCUGAAACUGUUUUGCUCCCGUGGAUGGAUGGGUGUUGGUGGAAGGGACUCACCUGAUGCUAACACUCAUGAUGAUAGUGUUGUGUCCAAUGGAGAUGGUAGGAAUUAUUCUCUUAGGAACAGUCACAUGUACCACCUUCAUCGCACUGGCACCACUGUUGUCCGAAAUGGUAGCACAACAAGUGGAAAUAGCAACAGUAUGCAUUGCAGUACUAGAAUACCACGUGCACCAUCUCCUGGACCAUGUGUGUAUUAUCCUGCUCGACCUAUCUGUGGCAGUGAAUGGGAAAACGAAAAUACUACCACUACAUCUCUCAACAAACUCUGAAAAUAAGUCCUGAAUAACUGCAAUUCUGACUGAAUAUGUAUACUCAGAACCAAAGAACUCAAAUGUGAAGGAGGAAGCAUUAUGGAAGUCGGAAUUAUAACGUGGUAGAAUUAUGAUUUCUCAGAACAGCAUUUUACUGCUUCACUAGAACACUGUUCAGGUCUGCCAAUACAAGAUGUUUUGGAAAUAACAGAUGUGAAGUGUGUCUAAUAACUGCCUCUUUGCUAAAGGUGAAGACAAGCAGUUGAUAUUUGUAACAGCCCUUGAAGCAAACUAAUCAUAAAAUACAAAAAGGGUGUCAAACAUACAGGCUGAAGGGCACAUGUGACCCUUACUCAUAGAUAUUCAUAUAUAUAUAUUUAUUCAUAUAUAUAUGUAUAUAUAUAAUUUCAUUGUUUGUAAGUAUUGUUUCAGAAAUUUAGUGAGAAAUAUAUUACCAGUGAUAAAAUUACUAUAAGAAUAAUUAAAUAUGGCUUCAAUCUCUGCCAGAAUACCAACAUUUAUGACAUAUUAUCAGAUAUUUCUUUCAUUCUACUGCAUAUCUGAUUUGGAAUGUCUUUGCUUGAGGAAGAGAACUUAUUUCUUCCUUGCAUGGCCUCUGUUAUGCAGCAGUGGUAUUUUUAAUUUCUUUAUUUUUAAAAAGAUCUGGUUGCCUUCAGCAUAGCUAUCUACCACAUCUGAAGAUUCAUAAUUCAUUAACACAAAACUGUUGAUUGGCCUCUUCUUAAUCAAUGAGUCUGCUGGAAAGCUAAAUUUUUGUUCAAUUUACGUGAUGAUAACUAAAUUCCUUCUUAUCUGUUUUUUGUUUGCUAGCAUAUGAUGCAACAUCUGAAAUAACAAGAAUAACAGGACUAUGAUAAUACAGCUGAUCAUGAUGUAUCAGAAAGGGAUAGGUUUUAGUAGCAUUAUAAAUGGGGCACAGAUGGCUGGGCAUGAUUUUCAUGAUAAAAUAAAAAGAAUGCAUGAAGAGUACUACCUUUCCGGAUAUAAUGCUGUGUAGUCUGUUGCCACCUGCUUUCAUGCUGGUAUCUUCCUCGGCCUAUUUGACCCUCAAGAUAGAGGCAAUAUGUUCCCCCUAAACGUCGGUUGACUUUCAACGGACUACACGGCGUUAUAUACCAGAAGGUAGUACUCUUCAUACCCACUGCUGUGAGAACCUCAAAUCCUACAAGAGAAUACAUGGUUGAUGCAUGUACUCCCUUCUGCACACAGUGGAAAGUAUCAGCUUAUUUAUGUUUUUAAUUACUGAAUAAAUUAUUAACUUGGCA